CGAAAUAGAGCCAGAUAUAAGAAAAAGAUUUGAACACUUUUGCACAGGCUGUUAUAGAGCUUCAUUUUACAGACAUGAAAAACAAAAAGAGACAUAGAUUUGCCAAAGUAAUAAUAAUUAACUGAUCAAAUCUCUUAGGUAUAGUUGAUGCAGGUCUGAGCAUUAAAGGACACUAUUGUUGUUUAAAUCGAACUUGGAUUAAAGGAAUGGAUGACAGGACAUUCAACUUUUCUUAUAAAGAACUCUACUUGAUUGGAUUCACAGAUAUGCAAGAGUAUCGUCAAUAUCUGUUCAUUCCUUUUUUGGUCAUCUUUGCUUUCACAUUGUCUGCAAACUCAAUUAUAAUGCUGGUGAUUGUCAAAGAAAGCAAGUUACAUGAACCCAUGUUCAUUCUGAUCGGGUUUGCCGCAGCUCUUGGGUUUAUACAGCCAAUUUUUCUACUUCCGAGAAUGUUAAUCAGUUUUCUGUUCGGCAAAAAUAUGAUUUACAAGGAUGAAUGUCUUGUUCAAAUGUUUUGUCUGCAUAUGGCAGGUUGUUUCCAGUCGACUGUUUUGGUUGGGAUGGCAGUCGACAGAUUAUUUGCCAUUAUUUUUCCCUUACAGUACCAUGACUAUGUAAACUUCAAAUCUUCAUUAAUAUUCUGUUUGUCCCUUUGUUUCCGUAACUUGCUUUACGUUGUUGCAAUGGUUGGUUUGGUUGGGCCACUCUAUUUUUGUAAAACAAAUGUGAUUUAUCAUUGUGUUUGUGAGCAUACAUCCGUUGUUAAUAUAGCCUGUGGUAAUCUGAGUAAGAACUACAUGGCUGGGAUAAUCGGUUUUGGCUUAUCAUCAAGUGACUGUGUAUUUAUAGUCUGCUCUUACAUUGUCAUUUUUGUGAUUAUAGCUCGCUCUCCUGCGGGUGAGUCAUGCCAAAAAGCCAUCUACACAUGUUGCACGCAUUUAAUGGUCUUAUCGGUGGCAUUUCUCUCUGUUGUAAUAGCAUUUGUUGGCUACAGGGUUACUACCAUACCUAAAGAUUUCCGUGUGUUAUGUACCUUGUCAUAUCUUCUUCUUCCAAACUGCUUUAACCCAGUAAUCUAUGGAAUACGAACAAAGGAAAUCAGAGUUCAAGUUGUUAAAUAUUUAUCCUCUAAAAGGGUUGAUUCAUAUUAACUCAUUUUACUUUGUUGCCCUUUUUCCUUAAUUCCAAUUCAUUGUACAUGAAGGAAAAUGUUUGUUAUUAAUAUGCGUAAAACAUGUACCUAUGGAAUUGUGUUUGUUGGUUUUAAAUCUUAAAUUGUUGAACAGGCAUGCAGAAUAUUUUAAAAUGUUAUGUGGACAUUGAAAAUGACAAUAAUCUUUUCCAAUGACAGAU